AUGGCAAUCGUGGCGAUUUCCGAGGUGAUUAUCGAGGCCGAGGUGGUGACAGGGGUCGUGGAGGUGAUUUUCGAGGGGAUCGAGGUCGUGGCAGAGGUGAUUUCCGUGGCCGCGGUGACUUUCGCGGUAGGGGUGACUUCCGCGGUGGCCGGGGUGGACGUGGUGGUGUUACAAGGCGAAGCUAUCCCACCACCCAACGCCAACGUCACCAAGACCGAGAAUGAGCUCGCCAAAGCCCUCGCCGUGAGCGGCCAAAAGACACCCAGACAAGCGAAAUACCCCGAGAGACCUGGUUAUGGUACCGCUGGCAGGCCUGUCACUUUGUAUGCCAACUACCUGCCCCUGAGCCUGCCAAACAAGGAGCUGUACCGGUACCAUAUUACCAUCGCAGCCGACUCUGCAGGCCGAGCUGCUCCCGUGGGCAAGAAAGCUCGGCACAUUGUGCGUCUGCUGUUGGAGGAGCACUUUGCGGAGCAGAAGGGUAGCAUUGCGUCGGACUUCCGCUCAACCCUCGUUUCGUGUGUCAAAUUGACCGAGGGUAAAUUCGAUGUGCGCUAUAAGGAAUACCUGGACGAUGACUACCCCGAGUCUCCCCGUGUGCAUCAAGUUACCUGUCAGUAUACUGGCCAUGUCAAUCCGGCUGACUUGUUGAAUUAUUUGACUUCCACCAACGCUGGCACCAUGCUUGAAUCCAAGGCUGAGGUUGUGGCUGCUCUCAACAUGAUCAUGGGACACCACCCCAAGACGGACGAUCAGGUUGUCUCUGUCGGAGCUAACAGACACUUCAGUCUCCGCCAGGAAACCAUGGAAUCGUACAACCUCGGCGGUGGUCUUUCUGUUCUGCGUGGAUUCUUUGUCAGUGUACGGGCCGCAACUGCUCGUGUGCUGUUGAAUGUCCAGGUCAAAUACGUGGCUUGUUACGAUGAAGGACCUUUGAGCAACUUGAUCCAGGCUUUCGGCAGCCAUAACAACUAUCGUUUGGAAAAGUUCCUCAAGAGCAUUCGCGUCCGUGUUACCCACAUCACCCGCAAGAACAGUCGCGGCCAGCCUCGGCCUCGCAUCAAGCCUAUCCAUGGCUUUGCCAACCGGGGUGAUGGCGGCUCGUCUCCUAACCCUCCGAAAGUUCCUCGCCAUGGUGCUGGUCCCCAAGAUGUGCAGUUCUUCCUGUCUGAGGCUAGCCCCCAGCCUGUCGCCGCGCCUGCCGCCGUUCCUGGUGCGCCGGAGCCCAAGGGAAAGAAGGGAAAGAAGGCACCUAGGGCCGGUCCUGCGGAAGCUGGCCGCUACAUUACCGUUGCGGACUUCUUCAAGAAGGAGUACAACCUCUCUUUGAACCCAAACUUCCCAGUGGUGAAUGUUGGGACUCGCGAUAGACCUGUCUAUCUGCCCGUUGAGGUCUGCGAAGUGGAGCCUGGCCAGCCAGCUAAAUCAAAGCUCACUGGCGACCAAACUGGGCAAAUGCUUCGAUUUGCCGUGAUGGGUCGGAAGCCAGGUCAGAACGCCCAGUCAAUUGUCACCAAGGGUGUUGGUGUUCUGGGACUAGGCGAACCAUUGAAUGCCACUCUUUCUGCCUUUGGUGUUAGUUCCUCCACUGAGCUGAUCACCGUUCCUGGACGUGUUCUCCCCGCCCCAAAUGUCUACUAUAAAGAGGGGAACAGAACCAAGGAAAUCAGGACCUCAUAUGGCAGCUGGAACAUGCGUCAAAUUCAGUUCUCCAAGGCUGCAUCCAUGAGAACCUGGACUUAUCUCUAUGUUGAUCAGGAGGGCGCCCGCCCUAUUUUCCAGAACCCAGAUCAACUCAACGCAUCCCUGAGAGGUUUCACCAAGACACUCAAGGAUAUGGGAAUGCCCGUUGACCCCCACAAGCCCGGCAAGCGUGUCGUCCUGACCGGAAAGAACGAUGCCGCGGAUGUGGAGGCCGCCGUCCUCGAACUGCAAAAGCAAUACAACCCAGUCUUCAUCAUGGGUAUCUUCUACACCAAAGACACUGGCAUCUACAACUGCGUCAAGCAAGUCUGCGACGUCCGCUGCGGAAUCCGCAACGUUAACGUCCUCGCAGAAAAGCUAAUCAACUCCAACGACCAGUACAACGCCAAUGUGGGCCUGAAAAUCAACCUCAAACUAGGCGGCGCUAAUCAGGCCCUACGCACCGCCGACCUUGGCAUCAUCUCCGAAGGAAAGACCAUGCUCGUCGGCAUCGACGUAACCCACCCUUCCCCCGGCUCCGCCAUCACAGCACCCAGUGUAGCCGGCAUCGUGGCCUCCGUCGACGCAAACCUGGCCCAAUGGCCCGCCGAAAUCCGCGUCCAAGGCGCACGCCAGGAAAUGGUCGCCGACCUGGAAAUCCUCCUCGCCUCCCGUCUCCAAUACUGGCGCAAGAUGAACAAAGCCCUCCCGGAGAACAUCAUCGUCUACCGCGACGGUGUCUCCGAAGGCCAAUACAACAAAGUCAUCGACGAAGAGCUUCCCCUCCUCCAAGCCGCCUGCAAAAAGACCUACCCAGCCGACCAAACCAAAAAGGGCUUCCCCAAGCUCGCAAUCAUCGUCGUCGGCAAACGCCACAACACCCGCUUCUACCCAACAACCGAGCAAGACUCGAACCGCGAGAACCCCAUCCCAGGAACCGUCGUCGACCGCGGCGUCUCCGAGGCCCGCGACUGGGACUUCUUCCUGCAGGCUCACUCCGCUUUGCAAGGCACCGCCCGUCCAGCCCACUACUUCACCGUCUGGGACGAGAUCUUCUACCCGCGCCACCCGGCGAACUCAAAGGGCCCCGGCGCAGCGGAUGUCCUGCAGGAUCUCACGCACAAGAUGUGCUACCUGUUCGGACGCGCCACGAAGGCAGUCAGUGUGUGUCCCCCGGCCUACUAUGCGGAUCUGGUAUGCACGCGUGCUCGCUGCUUCUUGAGCGACUUGUUCGAUCCUCUCGAUAUCUCUGGUGGAAGUGUGAGCGGGACCGAGGCGACUGAUGUGGCGCGUACGGCGGAUGUGGUUAUCCAUCCCAAUAUUGCGGACACUAUGUUCUACAUUUAA